GGCCCAGCCCGCAGUGGACGCUGCGGGGCGGCCGGCCCCGGCCUGGAGCCCCACCUGUCUGAGCGAGGGUCCUGGCCCGGCCCGAGUGGACCAGCCCCCGGUGCCGAUGUGCCGCUGCCGCCUGCUGCAGCACCAUGACGCCAGGGUGACCUCGGCCGAGGCCGCGGCGAUGACAGGCGCUGCCCGGGGGGCUGGGUCCCCCGCGCGGCCCCCCGGAGCUCCCCGGGCCGUGGGGUGGCCUGGCCGGGCGCGGGUGGCCGCGGCGGCGCUGGUGUGGCUGCUGGCGGGAGCCAGCAUGUCCAGCCUCAACAAGUGGAUCUUCACGGUGCACGGCUUCGGGCGGCCCCUGCUGCUGUCCGCGCUGCACAUGCUGGCCGCGAUGCUGGCUUGCCACCGAGGGGCCCGGCGCCCCCUGCCCGGCCGCGCCCGCCGACGGGUGCUGCUGCUCAGCCUCACCUUCGGCAUGUCCAUGGCCUGCGGCAACGUGGGUCUGAGCACCGUGCCCCUGGACCUGGCCCAGCUGGCCACCACCACCACGCCGCUCAUCACGCUGGCCCUCUCGGCCGUGCUGCUCGGCCGCCGCCACCACCCGCUGCAGCUGGCCGCCAUGGGCCCGCUCUGCCUGGGGGCCGCCUGCAGCCUGGCCGGCGAGCUCCGGGCGCCCCCGGCUGGGUGCGGCUUCCUGCUCGUGGCCACCUGCCUCCGGGGCCUCAAGUCCAUUCAGCAGAGUGCCCUGAUGCAGGAGGAGCAGCUGGACGCGGUCACCCUACUACACGCCACUUCGCUGCCCAGCUUCUGCCUGCUGGCGGCCGCGGCCCUGGUGCUGGAGGCCGGUGCGACUCCCCUGCCAGCGCCCGCCGAUGCCCGCCUCUGGGCCUGCCUCCUGCUCAGCUGCCUGCUGUCCGUCCUCUACAACCUGGCCAGCUUCUCUCUGCUGGCCCUCACCUCCGCCCUCACCGUCCACGUGCUGGGCAACCUCACCGUCGUGGGCAACCUUGUCCUGUCCCGCCUUCUGUUUGGCAGCUGUCUCAGCGCCCUCAGCUACAUGGGCAUCGCACUCACUCUUUCCGGGAUGUUCCUGUACCACAACUGUGAGUUUGUGGCCUCCUGGGCCACCCGUCGCAGCUUGUGGCGGAUGAACCAGCCUGCCAAGGGGCACUGAGGAAGAGGCACAUGCUGGAAGGGCCACCCGCUGGAAGGGCCACCCUGGAGGCCGGAAGGGGAGACUCCUGGAGACACACCUCCUGCCCCUGCUGCCCUGCCAGACGGGCCCAGCUGGCACCACCAUGUGCUGGUCAGAGCAGUGCUAAGGAGUGACCAUGCCGAAACUUGCCAAAUUUGGAAAAACUCACAGUGUUCUGAUGAUGAUGAUGAUUUGGGCAGCUGUACAAUCCUUCCUCUGGGAAGUAGGGAGGCAGCUCACGGGUCCUGGGUAGGGCUUCUUUGUUGCUGGGCUUCCCCCUGGGGCUGGGGGUCCUCUCUGCAGGUAUCAGGCAGCUGCCAUGGCCUCUCUCCUGGGCCUCCCCAAUUCUGGGUCUUCCUUCCUCAAAUAAACUAUUUUUGCUUGUU